UUGACAAUGUCAGACACAGCUAGUAGGAGAGACUAAAACUCCACAGAGCAACUGAAGUUUCCCUGUUCAGUUGAAGAUUGCUAUGGUGUAACUGAAGUUGUAUUUCUUCCCCCACCUCCCCACUCCCUUCCUUGUUCAGUUGAGAGUAGUAGCGUAGAUUUGAUAGAAAUUGCCGUUUUCCCUUUCCUUGGACUAUCUGAACCUGUGGAGGAUACCACAGCAAUGCUGGACUGCAGCGACUACGUUCUAGACUCAAGAAUGAACAAUCCGUCAGAAACCAGUAAACCAUCAAUGGAGAGUGGGGAUGGGAACACAGGCACGCAAACAAAUGGCCUGGACUUUAAAAAGCAGCCUGUGCCUGUCGGAGGAGCAAUCUCUACGGCCCAGGCCCAGGCCUUCCUUGGGCACCUUCAUCAGGUCCAGCUCGCUGGAACAAGUUUACAGGCUGCUGCUCAGUCCUUAAAUGUACAGUCUAAAUCUAAUGAAGAAUCUGGGGACUCUCAGCAGCCCAGCCAGCCUUCCCAGCAGCCUUCAGUGCAGGCGGCCAUACCCCAGACCCAGCUCAUGCUGGCCGGAGGACAGAUCACUGGGGUAAGAUUUACCCAAGUAAACGGCAGUAAAGCCUCCUACCUGGCAAACGACGGCAGUAUCUACGGCAGUCCCCAUAGAACUCUCACGUUGACGCCAGCCCAGCAACAGUUAUUGCUACAACAGGCACAGGCACAAUUGCUGGCGGCUGCAGUGCAGCAUUCAGCCAGUCAGCAGCACAGCGCUGCUGGUGCCACCAUCUCGGCCUCUGCUGCAACGCCGAUGACGCAGAUCCCUCUAUCUCAGCCAAUACAGAUUGCACAGGAUUUGCAGCACUUGCAGCAGCUUCAGCAGCAGAAUCUCAACCUGCAACAGUUUGUGUUGGUGCAUCCAACAACCAACUUGCAGCCAGCACAGUUCAUCAUCUCACAAACACCGCAGGGGCAGCAGGGUCUCCUGCAAGCGCAGAAUCUCUUAACGCAACUACCUCAGCAAAGCCAAGCCAACCUCCUGCAGUCUCAGCCAAGCAUCACCCUUGCCUCGCAGCCAGCAACCCCAACACGCACAAUAGCAGCGACCCCCAUUCAGCCACUUCCACAGAGCCAGUCAACACCAAAGCGAAUCGACACUCCCAGCUUGGAGGAGCCCAGUGACCUUGAGGAGCUUGAGCAGUUUGCCAAGACUUUCAAACAAAGACGGAUCAAACUUGGAUUCACUCAGGGUGAUGUUGGGCUCGCUAUGGGCAAACUCUAUGGAAAUGACUUCAGCCAAACUACCAUCUCUCGCUUUGAAGCCUUGAACCUCAGCUUUAAGAACAUGUGCAAGUUAAAGCCACUUCUGGAAAAGUGGCUCAAUGAUGCAGAGAACCUCUCAUCUGAUUCAACUCUCUCCAGCCCAAGUGCCCUGAAUUCUCCAGGGCUGGGGGUCGAAGGCUUGAACCGUAGGAGGAAGAAACGCACCAGCAUAGAGACCAACAUACGUGUGGCCUUAGAGAAGAGUUUCCUGGAGAACCAAAAGCCUACCUCGGAUGAGAUCACCAUGAUAGCUGACCAGCUAAACAUGGAGAAGGAGGUGAUCCGUGUUUGGUUCUGUAACCGGCGCCAGAAAGAGAAAAGGAUCAACCCACCCAGCAGUGGUGGAACCAGCAGCUCGCCCAUCAAAGCAAUUUUCCCUUGCCCAACCUCACUGGUGGCAACCACGCCAAGCCUUGUGACUAGCAGUGCAGCUACAACCCUGACUGUCAAUCCUGUGCUCCCUCUGACCAGUCCUGCUGUAACUAGUCUGUCAGUCACAGGUACAACAGAAACCACCUCCAACAACACGGCAACAGUAAUUUCAACAGCACCUCCAGCUUCUUCAGCAGUGACAUCACCCUCCCUAAGUCCUUCCCCUUCUGCCUCAGCCUCAACUUCAGAGGCAUCCAGUGCCAGUGAGACCAGCACAACACAGACAACCUCCACUCCCUUGUCCUCCCCUCUUGGAACCAGCCAGGUGAUGGUAACGGCAUCAGGGUUGCAAACAGCGGCAGCAGCCGCAUUACAAGGAGCUGCACAGUUGCCUGCAAAUGCAAGUCUUGCUGCCAUGGCUGCUGCAGCAGGGCUAAACCCAGGCUUGAUGGCAUCCUCGCAGUUUGCAGCUGGAGGUGCCUUACUCAGUCUCAAUCCAGGGACGUUAGGUGGUGCUCUCAGCCCAGCCCUGAUGAGCAACAGUACACUGGCAACUAUUCAAGCUCUUGCAUCUGGUGGCUCUCUUCCAAUAACAUCACUGGAUGCAACUGGAAACUUGGUGUUUGCCAAUGCCGGAGGUACUCCUAACAUCGUAACUGCCCCUCUGUUCCUGAACCCUCAGAACCUUUCUCUGCUCACCAGCAACCCGGUUAGCUUGGUCUCUGCAGCUGCAGCCUCCGCAGGGGCCUCUGGACCAGUCGCCAGCCUUCAUACCACCUCCACCUCAGCUGAGUCCAUCCAGAACUCUCUCCUCACCGUGGCCUCUGCAAGCGGGGCCACGUCCACCACCACUACUGCCUCCAAGGCACAGUGAGCCGGGCUGAGCUGUGCUGCCAGCAGCCUGUUUCACUGUGCGGUGGGAUUGGCUGCCAGCGGGGUUUAUAAACUGAAAAUGUGAUGGGCAUCCUCUCGCCGUGUUGCUGGGGACAAGGGAGAGAAGGAAAAAGAUAAAAAAAAAAACCAAACAAAAGCAAAACAGGAAGGAUUUAAAGCUGGGACAGACAUUUGCCUAAUUUUAUAAUAAACACUGUCUUUUCAGGAUCGCUUCAUGGA